AUAACUUACUCGUUGACGGUUGACCCGGGGAGUGAAUCGUAGGGUACUUGUAGGCUAGACUAAACCAUUAGCAACAGCGUCUGCUAUAGAUCUUUGGGUAGCCUUGUCUCACAUCAUGAUGCGCUGUGUCUACAUUUUUGCCCUGGCGGUAUGCGUGGACUUCAUAGUGUAUCACGUUUUAGAAGACCAAUUGUUGCCAGGGAAAUUUCAUCAAGAAGAUAAGUAUACGAGUUUGUUACGCCAGUGGGUGUCGUCGGGAAUACGAUGGGUAAUAUCAUAUGGAGUGUCAAGUCUGGUCACUAAUGGGGCCAGUGUUUUUUUAAAACGCAUGCUAACAACCCAUUGUCUUCUUGGUUCUGUAUUUUGGACUGGGCGCAUGUUGAUGCUCGACAGCCAUCCACUAGAAAAAUCGAGUUUUUGGUUGUUAAAUAUUCUGGCCACUGCAUCAGCCGGUAUAUUUUGGGAGCUGUCAUGUCCCGACGAAAGUUGUCAAAGUGAUAGAGAGAAGAAAGCAACAUCACGCUUGCUCUUUAAGCGAGUCAUCCUUCUCCAUAAGCCUGACACUAUCCUUAUUUUCGGAGCUUUCGUCUUCCUUGUAUUAGCUGUUCUAUGUGAGACGUUCAUUCCCUUCUACACCGGAGAGGUGAUUGACAUCUUGCGAUCACAGUACCAGUGGAAUGACUUCUUGACUGCAAUUUUGUUCAUGGGCCUCUUCUCUUUAGGAAGCUCAAUCAGUGCGGGGUGUCGCGGUGGCCUCUUCAUGUGUGCCAUCAACAGUUUUGCUUGCAGAGUCAAAGUCAAACUGUUCGGGUCCCUUGUUAGUCAAGAACUUGGCUUCUAUGAAACAACAAAGACAGGUGACCUCACUUCCAGGUUGUCCACAGACUCCGACCUCAUGGCACGAGCGGUGGCUCUUAAUGUCAAUGUCCUUCUCCGAACAUUCAUCAAAACUCUGGGCAUGCUUUCUUUGAUGGUCAGCCUGUCCUGGAAGCUCACACUACUAAUGCUGAUGGAGACACCACUGACUGGCUUGAUUCAGAACAUAUAUGACACAUUCUACCAGAAACUCUCUAAAGAGGUGCAAGACUCUAUUGCCCGAUCCAGUGAUGCAGCAGUAGAGGCCGUGUCAGGCAUCCGGACUGUCCGAGGAUUCAAAACGGAGAAGAGUGAGUCAAGUCGCUAUGACGCAUGUCUGAUGGAAACUCACAGCUUGAAGACUCGACGAGACACAGUCACGGCAGUGUAUCUGCUUGUCCGAAGGAUUACAGAAGUUGCCAUGAAAGUGGCUGUGUUGUACUAUGGCAGACUGAUAAUUCAGUCGGGACAGAUGAGCACAGGGAACCUGGUGUCUUUCAUCCUGUACCAGUCUGAUCUGACCAGUAAUAUUGGAACCAUUGUUUCCAUCUUUGGUGCCAUACUAAACUCUGUGAGUGCAGCUGGUAAGGUCUUUGAGUACCUGGACAGGAAGCCUGAGGUGAGCACUGAAGGAACCCUUCAGCCUGAUUCUCUGAAGGGACAUAUCCAGUACCACAACCUUACCUUCUCCUAUCCCACUCGCCCUGACCAGAAGGUGUUAAAGGGCUUUUCAUUGGAGCUGAAGUCGGGACAAAUGACAGCUUUGGUAGGGCCCUCAGGUGGGGGCAAGACCACCUGUGUGAGUCUGCUGGAGAGGUUCUACCAGGCCCAGGAGGGAGAGAUCCUCCUGGAUGGACAUCCACUGCAGAAUUAUCAGCACAAAUAUCUGCAUAGAAAGGUAGCCAUGGUGGGUCAGGAACCUGUGCUUUUCUCAGGUUCUGUGAAGGACAACAUCGCCUAUGGGCUUGGAGAGUGUUCCCUACAGCGAAUACAGGGGGCUGCCCACAAAGCCAAUGCCCAUGGCUUCAUCUCCCAGCUAGAGAAAGGAUACGACACAGAUGUGGGUGAGAGGGGAGGUCUGCUGUCGAGUGGGCAGAAGCAGCGCAUUGCCAUCGCCAGGGCUCUGAUCAGAGAGCCACAGGUGCUCAUCCUGGAUGAGGUGACCAGCUGUCUGGACACAGAAAGUGAACAAGUGGUACAAAAAACCUUGACUUCCCGUCCCAACCAGACCCUGCUAGUGAUUGCUCAUCGACUGAAGACCAUCGAGAGAGCAGAUCAGAUCGUAGUGAUUGACAAUGGGACAGUAAUUGAGAAGGGCACUCACAAAGAACUCAUGGAAAAGCAGGGUACCUACUACAGGCUGAAAGAAAGGCUCUUCAGUUAACACAUUUUAACAAAUUAAUAUCUCCCAUUUCCCGUUCCAAACUGUAUAUUAGUUUCUUGAAAAUAGACCAGUGUAUGUUUGGUGUCAUGUUUAAGCAUAUUUUUUUGUUUACCCUGUCAUAUAACAACUACUAGUUAAAGGCUAUUCUGUUUUUUCACAUUCUAUUACUAUGGCAUAGAGAAAACGGUGUUUAGCCAUACAAACUGCUUGUUUUCUGAAUGUAUUGUUGAUUUGGAGUUAUAAAUAAAAACAUUUCAAAACGUU